CCUAUGCAAGUCAAGUAAGGAAAGAGCUCUCUAUCUAAGGUGAAGUCUGUCAUGGCUCGUCUCAACCUCCCAUACCAAUACUCCCGUGCGGCCAUCAUCGGUCAUCGAGUCCCACACCAUCAUCAGCCUCCCCCCGGAACAGAAGUCCUCCUCUAGCCGUCGUUGAAUUCCCAUCUAGGCACCCACCCAUUCCGUAUUAUAAGGAUCCCUAGGGUCUAGAGCCAAGGGCCGCUAUGCCGAGGGGAGGAGUCAAAAGGAAGGCGGUUGUCGAACCAACCCCGGAUGAACUUGGCAUCCCGCUGGGCCAGCGCGACGGAUCUUCAAGGAUUAAACCGGACAGCAAAACCAAACGACGGUUCUCGCGCCUCGAGGAGCAGGAGGAAGACGGAAGCCCAACAGGUGGCCGGCAUGCAAUGUCCCCACCGGCUUCCCGCCACCCAUGCUUACUUGAGUAUAGAACAUUUCAGCAUUGGGCUGAUAUCUUGGAGGCAAACGUUACAGCGGAAGUCACGAGAUCUGGCAUGUUCGUAAAAAGCUUCGAGGAAGAGGUUAGGAAGGAAACAGAGAAAGUACGAGGACGUAUGAAAGAGCAAGAUGAACAGCUCGCUGCUGAAAAGAAACAAUUCGUCGUGAUUUUCGAGGAGCUUUACUCGGCCACAGCUACUCCUUACCGACCGCCCAGCAGGCCCAAUACAAGGUGCGACGGCAUUGGCAAGGAGGGCCACGCGUUAUACGCAAACGCCCAAGCCGUCAUGACGGAAAGCCACGCACUACUCAAGCAUUUCAAAGAGACAGACGAGCGAUCCGGGGCAUACAGGAUCGACUUUCCUGCUUCGAAGUGGAAGCAGGAUAAGCAUGAGAUAAAGGAGCUCCUUGCCCGCGGCCGCGAGUACGGGGAGAGACUUGUCGAAGAUCAACUCGCUCCAGAUACAUACCAGGCCCCCAAAUUCGAUGCAUGCAAGGCGAAUGAGGAAGACGACGUAGCCUUGGGGCUCUUCAAGGAAGGCCAUAAGGCGUCGUACGAGGAUAGCUGGGGCAUGGUGGCCGUGGAUCAAGUCAAGAGACUCACAGCUGUGGCGAAUACAAUUCCGUUGAAAGGCUUCGAGCAAACCAGGCCCUAGAUCGGAGGGGUCACUAUAUUACGUACCUACCGGUUAGAGAUGGAGAUGUAUAGCUCCGGUGGGAAUAAGUAGGAUGAGCUA